AUGGUCAAGAUCACUGGUUUCACCACACGGGAUGUGCGGUUUCCCACUUCCCUCGACAAGACUGGCUCUGAUGCCAUGAACGCAGCUGGUGACUACUCUGCCGCCUACUGUAUCAUCAACACAGACUCUGACUUCAGCGGACACGGCAUGACAUUCACCAUUGGCCGUGGAAACGAGAUCGUCUGCGCCGCCAUCUCCCUUGUUACCCCGCUCGUCGUUGGCAAGGAUCUAGAUGAGCUUACCGCUGACUGGGGCAAGACAUGGCGCUACCUGGUUUCCGACAGCCAGUUGCGCUGGAUCGGCCCCGAGAAGGGUGUGAUCCACCUGGCCCUUGGAGCUGUUAUCAAUGCCCUCUGGGAUCUGUGGGCCAAGACCCUCGGCAAGCCUGUCUGGCGUAUUGUUGCGGAUAUGAGCCCCGAGGAGUUCGUGCGUUGCAUUGACUUCCGAUACAUCACUGAUGCUAUCACCCCCGAAGAGGCCAUUGCUCUACUGAAGGAAGUUGAGGGCGGAAAGCAGGACCGUAUCCGUGAAGCUGAGGCUAGCCAAGCUGUACCUGCUUACACUACCAGUGCUGGCUGGUUGGGAUAUGGUGAGGAGAAGCUGAAGAGCCUGUUGGACCAGAGUGUUGCUCAAGGCUACAAGCAUUUCAAGCUGAAGGUUGGUGGUAGCUUGGAGGAUGAUAAGAAGCGAUUGCGUAUCGCUCGUGAGGCUAUUGGUUACGACCGUGGUAACAUCCUCAUGGUUGAUGCUAACCAGGUUUGGUCUGUCCCCGAGGCUAUCACUUGGAUGCAGGAGCUGGCUGAGUUCAAGCCCUGGUUCAUUGAAGAGCCUACCUCUCCCGACGACAUCCUCGGCCACGCCGCUAUCAAAAAGGCUCUCGAGAACACCCCUCACGGCACCAUCGGUGUUGCUACCGGAGAGAUGUGCCAGAACCGCGUCAUCUUCAAGCAACUUCUGCAAGCCGGUGCUCUCACCGUCCUGCAGGCUGAUGCUUGCCGUGUUGGUGGUGUCAACGAAGUGCUGGCAAUUCUCCUGCUGGCUCGCAAGUUCGGUGUCCCCAUUGUGCCUCACUCUGGUGGCGUUGGUCUCCCUGAAUACACUCAGCACCUGAGCACAAUUGAUUACGUCGUCGUUAGCGGCAAGAAGAGUGUCCUGGAAUAUGUUGAUCACCUGCACGAGCACUUCGUGCACCCCUCCAGCGUCAAGAACGGUUACUAUGUCACUCCUCUGGAGCCGGGCUACAGUGUCGAGAUGAAGGCUGACAGCAUGGAUGCUUUUGCGUUCCCUGGUGAGGAGGGUAAGAGUUGGUGGCGGUCAGAGGAGGCGAAGGACAUUCUGGAGGGACCUCGGGUGGUAUAG